AUGAAUAGAGAUCAAUUUGAAAAAUUUAGAGAUAGACAAAUACGAAAAAAGUAUGAUUUGGUUCAUAUGGUGCCACAUUUAGGUAUACCUGAACUAUCUGGAGUAUACUUAAAGAAUUUUUAUAAUUCUUGUAAAAGGUAUGAAGUUGUGUUGCCAACAAAUAUAACUGCAUCAAAAUGA